CUGUGAAUCAAGUGCAACAUAAGAAGAACAUGAGUCUUGGGGAAUGAUGCCGCUGCCGUUUGUGCCACCCUCCCUGUCGCCAUGACGAUGCCGCUCAGCCCCCUCUCCAGUGACGAGGAGCAGCAAAGGAUGCUGGGAAACAAUAGACAUCUAUAUCCUGGGGCAGAGGACGAGGAAGAGGAGGAGGAGGAAGAUGAAGAAGAGGAGGGUGAGGAAGAUGACCAUGAUGAGGAGGGAGAAGAUGGGGAGAAUGGAGAGCUGGAGGGAGAAGAGGAGGAAGAGGAAGUGGAGGAAGUCAGACGAGGAGGAGGCAUGUCGCGAGGAGGCAGGGAUGAGGGGCACAGGCAAUUAGGCAAAAUGGCUGGACGACCCGCAGGAGACAGACAGAUACGACCCGGCAACAUCGGGCACACAGUAAACCCUUAUUCGUCCAACCAUGGACCCACCCAUCAACAGCCAGCCAAUCAGCAGCAGCAGCAGAAGAGGCUGAGAGAGCAUAGCUCCAGCAGGGCGCCGUCAGAGGACGCCCACAUCGCCAUGAUGGUGUUCCGCAUCGGCAUCCCCGACAUCAAACAGACGAAGUGUUUGCGGUUCAACCCGGAUGCGACCGUUUGGAAGGCCAAGCAGCAGGUGCUAUGUUCUCUGACCGAUUCGUUGCGGGAUGUGUUGAACUACGGCUUGUUCCAACCAGCCACUGAAGGCCAUGACGCCAAGUUCCUGGAGGAGGAGAAGAUGCUGAGAGAGUACCCACAAUCCUUUGAGAAGGGGGUACCAUAUCUGGAGUUUCGUUACAAGACCAGAGUGUACAAACAGACCAAUCUAGAUGAGAAACAGCUGGCUAAACUGCACACUAAGGCCAGUCUGAAGAAGUUCAUGGACUAUAUCCAAAGUGGCUCUGUGGACAAGAUGGCCAAGUUCUUGGACAAAGGGCUUGACCCCAACUACCAGGACCCUGACACGGGAGAAACCCCCCUGACGUUGGCUGUGCAAUGUGAGCCGGGGGGAGGGGAGGCCAUACGGGGGCUGGUGCUGGGAGGGGCUCAUCUUGAUUUCAGGUCCAAGGACGGACUCACACCUCUACACAAGGCUGUCCGCAGCCACUGCCACACAGCGUUGCUGACCUUGCUGUCUCUGGGUGCGUCUCCAGACUAUAAGGACCGGCGGGGGCUGACUCCGCUCUACCACACUGUGCUGACAGGGGGCGACACCUCCUGCUGUGAGACCCUGCUCCACCACCGCGCCAAGCUGGCCGUCAGGGACGAGAACGGCUGGGAUGAGACACACCAGGCCUGUCAGAAUGGCAACGCCCAGCAUCUGGAGCACCUUCUUUUUUACGGGGCAGACUCCACUUCCCAGAAUGCCUCAGGAAACACUGCCUUGCACAUUUGUGCUUUAUACAACAAGGACAGCUGUGCACGAAUUCUACUUUACAGGGGAGCCAAUAAAGACACAAAGAAUAACAGUGGGCAGAACCCAUUUCAGGUGGCUGUCAUGUCUGGCCAUUUUGAGCUAGGAGAGAUUAUCAAAAACCACCGGGACACAUAUGUAGUACCUUUUCUUGAGUCUCCCAAGUACGCCCCUCAGAGGCGAGAGAGUGCGCCACGCACCCUGGCGCUACCCCACCCUCACCCCUUCCUGCGUGCCAACAGUGAUAACAGUAUGAACCUGCCUGACUGGAUGGCACUGUCCAAUACACCAGGCUCCAACAUAGUGUCUGUACAGGGCUAUAAGCAUUCAGGUACCAUGCGUAGUUCCAGUAGUCCCCGUGGGGCGCGGACUCGCUCCCCGUCCCGAGGGAGAGCAGGGGAUAAGGAGGACAGGAGUCGGCAGAGUCGGAGGCAGGGCCCCCCUCUGGCCAGGGCGGGGUCUGUCAGCAGCAAUACGGUUACAGCAGCAGGGGGCCAGCGGAGGCGUCUCUACAGCGCCGUCCCAGGACGUGUGUUUGUGGCCACGCGUUCCCACUCCGCCCAGGGAGACAGAGAGAUUAGCAUCAGCAAGGGAGACAAAGUCAAAGUGCUGAGCGUGGGCGAGGGAGGGUUCUGGGAGGGCACGGUUAAGGGACGGACUGGCUGGUUCCCCUCAGACUGUGUAGAGGAAGUGGCAGUCCGUAGCCAGGACAACCGCUCAGAGAGCCGCAGUGAGAAAGCCAAGAGACUGUUCCGCCAUUACACCGUGGGCUCCUACGACAGCUUCGACGCUCCCAGUGACUAUAUCAUCAAGGAGAAGACAGUGCUUCUGCAGAAAAAAGAUAGUGAGGGUUUUGGCUUUGUGCUGAGAGGAGCCAAAGCUCAGACCCCCAUCGAGGAGUUCACUCCCACCCCAGCCUUCCCAGCACUGCAGUACCUGGAGUCUGUCGACGAAGGAGGCGUGGCCUGGAGAGCCGGUCUGAGAAUGGGAGACUUCCUCAUUGAGGUGAAUGGUCAGAAUGUGGUGAAGGUGGGACACAGGCAGGUGGUCAACAUGAUCAGGCAAGGUGGAAACGCCCUCAUGGUCAAGGUUGUCAUGGUGACACGCAACCCUGACAUGGAGGAUGGCCAGAGAAAGAAAAUCCCCCAGCAGAGUAAAAGACUAAGCACUCCGGCCAUCGCUCUCCGCUCUAAAUCCAUGACCUCAGAACUGGAGGAGAUGGCUGCUACCCCCUGGAAAAAAAAUUCAGAAUUCGAGACUUCACAAGUUACAGAGAAGAAGAGGACAGUCUAUCAGAUGGCUUUGAAUAAGCUAGAUGAGAUCCUGGCAGCAGCUCAGCAGACAAUCAGCACCAAUGAGGGGCAAGGGACGCGGGGUCAGGGGGCAAGGAGAGACAGGAGCCGGGGCUCCUUUUACGCCAAUGAGCCAAAUUACGACCAAUCAGAAAUGGGGAUGACCAGGCUGGGCUAUGACCGCGCCCAGUUCACAUCAGGCCACGCCCCUCCACACGGUAUGCUGCGACAGAAAUCCAUCGGGGUGACUGAAGAGGAGAAGUCCCAUCUCAAUCCUCCGGCCAUGAAGUUUGCCCGAAGUCUCUCGGUUCCCGGCCCGGAAGACAUCCCCCCGCCCCCCACCACCGCCCCGCCAGACCCCCCCUUCUCCUCCGCCCCACCGCUGGGCUGGAGAGGGGGCAAGUCUUCCCAGCAGCCCUCUGUGGCCGUGUCCCAGUCCACCUCCACAGCAGCCCACUACCAGCUCUACUCUCAGUCUGUGCACUUCACCCAUGGGGGCCGCGAAAGGGCAGGGGGGCCCAGUGCCGGCACUGGAGGAGGAGGGGUGGACCACACGCACCAGUACUCUAAUGCCCCUGCCCACGCCACUCAGAGCAGGACUGCCUCUAGGAAAGGGGGCUACCCAGGGGAGCCUGUUGGAUCAGGAGGGGGAGGAGGAGUGGGGGGCAAGGCUGCAGGUCUAAGGAGGGGCUACAGUAACGCCGCCCCACCUUCAGGCAGUGCCACAGUGAUGCCCCAGCAGCAGCAGACCACCCAGAGCCAGCCGCAGAGGGCAGACCACAGUGCGGCUGGGGGGGCUGGAGAGGGAGUACCUAAAGGAGGGGGGGCGCGGAGAGGAAAGGGCCCUCUGGUAAAGCAGUCCAAGGUGGAGGACCUACGGGCUGUACAGGGCACGCUGGGGGGCAAGGCCCCAGUGGAGAAGAGCUCCAUCCCCAUCCCCACCAUCAUAGUCAAGGCCCCCUCCAUCAGCAGUGGCAGUGGCCGCAGCAGCCAGGACAGCAGUGUGGAGGCUGAGCCCACCCCCCCAGGGGAGACCGACAGAACCCAACCCCCCCAGGGACCCCCUUCCACCCCAGCCCCAACACCCCCUGCUCCUCCCUCCAUCCCGGCCCCUCCACCACCCUCCUUCCGAGGCCAGGAUAGUGACUUCACCAGCCAGUUUGGGGCGGCCAUCGUGGGCGCAGCCCGCCGGGACAGGGAACGCUUCCAUGAGGCCCGCAGGAAGAGCGCCUCCAUCUUCAUGUCUGCCGAGGAGGAGGUGGGGCCAGGGGGAGGAGGAGGAGGGGCAGGCAGGACACAGACCUCUCAGCAGCAGCAGUUCAGCCCCCAGUCCGGUGCCCUCCCCCCACGCCUCCGGCCCUCCAAGUCCAUCGACGAGGGCAUGUUCUCUGGGGACACCUUCAUCCACCACACCCGCAGCAUGCCCCCUGCCUUCGGCCUGCCAGAGUACUCCUCCCCGGCUCCAGACUACCAGCCCAAGUCUGUUCCGGCUGACUUCUACGGGGCGUCAAGCCGGCAGCAGGUCCCCUCUGGCACCACCUUCAUCCACCCCCUGACAGGAAAGGUCCUGGACCCCUCGUCCCCCCUGGGUCUGGCCCUGGCUGCCAGGGAGCGGGCCCUGAAGGACGACGGCAGGAUGAGGAGGGAGAGAGGGACCGAGCACCAGUUUGUACGACAGAUGUCCAGUGUGGUGACAUUCCCCUCCCAGGCCACCUCCCCCACACCGGCUUCCUCAGCCACCCAUUCUUCCAGCUCCUCCUAUCUGGUCACCUCCUCAUCCCUAGCCGCCACCACCUCCUCCACCAGCCAACCCCCCUCCCCCAGGAUCCUCAGGGGUGCAGGCUGGGGCGAGGAGGGGGGAGGAGGGGAGCGGGAGAGGGAGGGUGGCGGGACCAGAGAGGGGCUGAGGGUGCGCUUCUCUGAGGACAAAACAGUCCACACACAUCGCUACCAGUCCCAGCACUACCAACCCUCCUACAGGGAGGAAAGACAGAGGGAGAGGUCGAGAGAGAGAUCGAGAGAAAGAGAGCGGGACAGAGAGGGGUACAUGAGGCAGCAGACAGCACCUACCCAGCAGCCCCAUCAGCUGUCGACCCAGCAGCCUCGCCAGGCCUCGUUUCUGAGGAUGGAGAGUGAGGCAGGCUACAUCCUAUCUCUCACCCCUCCAUCUCCCCCCGCUACCGCCGCCCCGUCUCACCCUCAGGGGGGAGGGGGUUCCGGGGGCAGUGGCCUCAUGGUUCUGCCGCCCCCUGCCCCCUCUGUGGAUGUGGAUGAUGAGUUUGUGUUUGCGGACCCACUGCCCCCUCCGCUGGAGUUUGCCAACAGCUUUGACCGGGGUGGAAUGUCAGGUUACACACACCGUGCCAUUAUCAACAACCUGGCCUCCCGCCAGCAGCAGCCCCCACCACCUCCCCCUCCUCCCCCACCACCCCCUCCAAAAGACAUGUUUAUCAGUGGGUUCCCGGCCCACACCCCCCUACCCUCCCCACAGGCGGGGGACUCUACCACCUCCAGCCUUACCUCCUAUGACAGUGAGGUGGCCAACCUGACCCAGUCAGGAAACUCCCCCACUCAGACAUCACCCAACCCCCUUCCUCCACCCUCACCUUCCAGCCGCCAGCCCACAGGACCCCCGCCUCCCCCCUCUGUCUCCCCCCCACCCCCACCCAGCUCCUUUCACAGACCCUCCCUUGCCAUGACCCACUCUCACCACCUCUACAACAGCACGCACACCGGGAGCUCAUCCCCCACCCCUCCUCCCCACUCCAUUGCAGGUUCCCCAUCCUACCGUGGUCCCCCUCCCAUCUCCUCCACCGCAGCCUCCUCUGGCCCCUUCCGGGGCUCUGCAGCCCUGGCCUCCACCGCUCCCUGUGCCACCACCACCACCACCGCUGCCACCACCACGAGGACCUCAGUCCAGCCCCACCAGGACAGGACACACCCAGCCCCCUCUGGUUCUACAGCGGCCGGCCGCAGGAUAGGGGAGCACCACCCUCACCCCACAGCCAAGGCAGGAGAGUCCCAGGAGACGGUGGUGGACUCUGGGAUAGAGGAGCUGGACAGCCGCAGCAGCAGUGACCACCACCUGGACAACAUCCUGGCCAUGAGCGGAGGAGCCAGAGAGAGGCUGGAAGAGAGGCUGGAGAGAGGGAGGGAGGGAGGAGGAGGAGGAGGGGAGGGAGACAGGGCGGGAGGAGCAGACCUCCUGGAGUCGUACAUGAGCUACCUGGACGGACAGACGUUUGACAUGCACAACGCCACAGCCGUCGGCUCCACCUACCCCAAAUCAGGCAGGUUCAGAGAGGGGGGGCGUGCGGCCGAACUACGCAGAGAGACCGGUACCGCCCCGCCCUCCUUCCAGUCACACAGACGGAGGGAGGAUGAGGAAGAGGAGGAGGAGGGCGAGGAAGGAGAGGAGGAGGACGAUGGAGGACGGGAGGGUUAUGGGAUGACACAGAAUUUGGGGCGUCCCACGUCACCCUACUUUGACCGGCCCCGGACCCCUGAGAUGAAGCCUCUGUGGGGGUCAGAGGGUCAGUUAGUAGGGGACCAGGGGACCUACCUGGAGGGCCGGAGGCUGUACCCCCCCAUAUCCAGCAUGAAGGCCAGCAUCAUCAAUGAGCUCAGCAACAAACUGCAGCAGAGAGGGAGCCAGAGAUCACUAAGUAGACACAGGUUUUCAGAAGACUCCGCCUCGGCCCUGAGCCCCCCUUCAGUUCGUUCCCUGUCCCCCUCCCCUAUCCACCACUCCCAGCCCGCCCUGUCCCUGUCACCCACCCCUUCCUCCCAGUACCCCAAUUGGAACCGUCCCCCGUCCCCGCAGCCCCCUGUGGCUGCCGUACAGCCCCCUCCACGCUCCCACUCCCCCCUGUCCUCCCCCACCUACUCCCCUUAUCCCACCUCCCCUAAACACCGGCCUGUGUAUCGCACCAAAGCCCUGGAGUUCCAGUUCAUUCCAAGUAGAGAGUCCAGGAAGGCAGAGUCCCACCACUUGCAGCGUAGGAGAGCCCCCAGUCCCCUCAUCUCCCCCUCAGAGAGGCCCAAACUGGGUCCCCCCCGCCCCUCCUCCCUCCCCCUCCUCCCCACCACACCCCUCUACAGCAGCCUCUACGAGCUCCGCGGCUCUAUGACCCCGCCCUCACCCGCUAACCACAUGGGGGACCCCUACUUCUCCCCCUCCCCUCCUCUCUUCGCCCCCUCUGGUGCCCCUCCUCCCCCAAACGCCUCCCUGUUGGUGUCUCGCUCCCUCUCCCCCACACACUUUUUAUCUGGUAGCUCAUCCCCUCCCCUGCACCCUCUCCCCGCUCCCCCCUGCCUGAGCUACCCCCACCUCCCUCCCCCAUCCCCCUCCAAGCCCUUUGCCUCCAAGCCACUGCCUUAUUGGACCAAAUACGACGUGGCUGAUUGGCUGGGAUACCUGAACCUGGGCGAGCACAGAGAGCAUUUCCUGGACAACGAGAUCGACGGCACUCACCUGCCCUCCCUCACCAAGGAGGACUAUCUGGACCUGGGGGUGACGCGUGUCGGACACCGCAUGAACAUCGACCGUGCUCUGAAGAGAGUGACUGACAGGCUCUCCAGCUCUCCUUUUCCCAUUUCUGCUCUGUCACCACGAGGAAGAAGGGAUGAUGGGAGUCGGAGCUGAGAAGACAAACAGAAAGAGAAAGGAGGGGAGAUGGAGUCAGUGAUGGAACAGGAGAGAGAGAGGCCACAACUGCUGCUAUCCAUGAUGGAUUCACACAACAAAAGCAGAGGACCUGAUUUUACCCAGAAGGAGGACUGAUCAGGAGAAGAGAGGGGAAAUGAGGGAUGGAACAAGGGCUGACCAAUGCCUGGUACUCAGGGCCUGGUAGCUGACUCACACAGAUACACUUGCAUGCACACAAAUACAGUAACACACACAAGCACUGACUCUAAUGUCAACACACACACACAAACACUACGAGGAUGGAAUGACUGAAUGUCGAUUGAGGCAACAAAUAACAAUAUGAGUAAAAUAGUGACAAAACCUUGCCCAAAAUAUUGAGAGAAACAAUCAAAUUGUUUAGCUUUUUCAUCUGAGCAGUUCUUAGUGUUGUUGGGGAAAGAGAGAACAAGGAUUGUCCUCAUUAUUAACACUAGUUAGAGCUUUCUCCACCUGUCUUCUCUGAGUAACUGAAGUUCCUCCUCUCUACCCUAGGGUUAGGUAGGUCCUCCCCUCUACCCAAGGGUUAGGGUUAGGUAGCUCCUCCUCUCUACCCUAGGGUUAGGUAGGUCCUCCUCUCUACCCUAGGGUUAGGUAGGUCCUCCUCUCUACCCUAGGGUUAGGUAGGUCCUCCUCUCUACCCUAGGGUUAGGUAGCUCCUCCUCUCUACCCUAGGGUUAGGUAGGUCCUCCUCUCUACCCUAGGGUUAGGUAGGUCCUCCUCUCUACCCUAGGGUUAGGUAGGUCCUCCUCUCUACCCUAGGGUUAGGUAGCUCCUCCUCUCUACCCUAGGGUUAGGUAGCUCCUCCUCUCUACCCUAGGGUUAGGUAGCUCCUCCUCUCUACCCUAGGGUUAGGUAGCUCUUCCUCUCUACCCUAGGGCUAGGUAGCUCCUCCUCUCUACCCUAGGGUUAGGUAGC